AAUAUACAUAAAACAUGAUUAUUAUCACAGUCACAAAUGUCGACCUAAAAUAUACAUGAAACAUGAUUAUUAUCACAGUCACAAAUGUCGACUAAAAUAUACAUAAAACAUAAAAUAAGUUAUUGCUUAUUUUAGUUAGAUUUUCUUAACAAUAAAGCUAUCCUUUCUUAAAUAAGAAAGUCGGCGAAUAUAAUACAAAUCCAAAUCCAAAUAAAGAUCAUAUUUUGCAAUUUGCACACUCCGAUGACCUAUAAAUAGUUCCACCUCUCAAACACCCCAUCGUUCGAUUCACAAUGGAGUGGGUAAGAGGCAAGACGAUCGGCCAUGGAAGCUUUGCUACCAUAAGUCUAGCACAACCCACAACCCACAACUCAAAUCUUCCGCCAUUAAUGGCGAUCAAAUCAUGUGGCGUGUCUCACUCUGCUUCACUGAUAUACGAAAAACAUAUCUUAACUGAGCUUACCAAUUGCCCGGAGAUCAUUCAUUGCUUCGGAGACUGUUUCACCGUCGAAAAUGGCAUCAAGAUUUACAAUAUUGCAUUGGAGUACGCUUCCGGUGGCGAUUUAUCUUACAAUUUGAAGAUUUUCGGAAACUUCCUGUUGUCGGAAGUCCGGCGAUAUACAAAUUCGAUCUUGAAAGGACUUCAGUUUAUUCACCGGAAUGGGUUUGUUCAUUGCGACAUCAAGCUCCAAAACAUUCUGCUACUCUCCGAAGGUGAUAACGCCAACGUAAAGAUCGCUGAUUUUGGGUUAGCGAAGAAGGUCGCCGGAGAUUCAAAGUCAAAAUACGAAAUUAGAGGCACACCGAUGUACAUGGCACCGGAGACGGUUGUUAGUGGUGAGCAGGAGCCACCGUCGGAUAUAUGGGCACUUGGUUGUUUGGUGGCGGAGAUGAUCACCGGAAAUCCGGCGUGGUUUUGCUCUGACAUUGGCGCCCUUUUGUUUAAAAUCGGCGUUGGCACAGAAAUCCCGGAGAUUCCUGGGAAUUUAUCAUCUGCAGGAAAAGAUUUUCUUGGGAAGUGUUUCUUGAAAGACCCAAGGAAAAGAUGGACGGCUGAGAUGCUUCUGAAUCAUCCUUUUGUAUCGAAGGUGGAAACAGAAGAUUGUAUUUGUAGCCCUUCAAUCUCCCCACGAGACCCUUUUGACUUUACGGUUUGGGAAUCAGCGGAGUUGUUGGAAAUGACGAAAUUACCCUCACCGGAACUCUCAAAUUUGGUGCCGGUGAUUUUUCCGGCGACAAGAUUACGGCGGCUGACGGUGGAUGAUGGGCCCAACUGGAGUGAUUCAAGCAGGUGGAUGAGAGUAAGAUGAUGCCAGCAAUUUCUAAGUGGCAGAUUCAAAUAAUUAAAAUUUUGACACCGAAGUUUUUGUUAAUUGAAUUUUGGCCACGAAUUUGUGUAUACAUAGCUUUUUGUUAGGAUGACUUCAGUGAAGGGUUUGUUCUUUUUUUUUUUUUUUUGGAAAAUUAAAUUAUUUAAUUGUAAUGUAUUAUUUUCUGUAAAUAGAAAAGCAUUUGUACCGUGAAAGUAGGAAAUGUUAGAUUGAAUAAUCGAAGUACUAAUGAAAUAUAAUAU